GAUCAAGAAGGUCCAUGGCCUAAGUUGACGACCUCCAUUGCACUCAGGAGGGGCGUUAGCUUAAGGUCGGCCCAAGUGGUCGAGCCUACGUCAUAAUUUGUGUCAGUGGGGGCCUGCGUUCGCGCGGCCCCCGUCAAUUCUCUAGUCAAUUUAUUCUUUUAAUUUCUACCUUCAAUCAUACUUUAUUAUUUCAUUUUCGCUUGGAAUCAUCAAAUUAGUAAUGGCAGAAAAUCCGGAAGAUGUCGAGAGCGAUAAACCGUUGUUGAUGAGAACUCCCCAUAAGAUGACUGGGAAUGUAUGGACAGCUGUUGCACAUAUAAUAACCGCAGUAAUAGGGUCAGGAGUUCUAUCUCUGUCUUGGAGUGUAGCACAGCUUGGAUGGAUUGCUGACCCUAUCAAUGGACAAACCAUUACCAAUCAUUCCUACUUGCAAGCUGUACAAAACAUAUUAGGGGGUUUGAGUGCGAGGAUUUGUGCAUUCUUGGCUUACUUCAACUUAUUCAAGUUAGGAGUUGUUUACACAAUUACAUCUGCAAUCAGCAUUAGAGCAAUUGAGCAGUCGAAUUGUUACCAUGAACAAGGGCAUGAAGCUGAUUGUGAAUAUGCCCUGACUUCUUACAUGCUUUUAUUUGGAUUUAUUCAAAUUAUAGCUUCUCAAAUACCUAAUUUCCAUACUACAAAAUGGCUCUCAGUUACUGCUGCAAUUAUGUCCUUCACAUAUUCCCUCAUUGGAUCCGGACUUGGGUUAGCCCAUACAAUAGGAAAUGGAAAAAUUGAAGGUAGCAUUGGAGGAGUUCCAACUAAUAAACCGAUUCAGAAAGUAUGGUUGGUCGCUCAAGCUAUUGGAGACAUCGCGUUCUCCUAUCCUUUUCCCUUGGUUUUUCUUGAAAUACAGAGCACUUUGAAAUCACCUCCACUUAAAGAAGUCACCAUGAAGAAGGCCUCAAGUAUUGCAGUUUUUACCACCACCAUUUUUUACCUCUGUUGUGGUGGAUUUGGAUAUGCAGCAUUCGGGAACUCGACUCCCGGGAAUAUCUUAACCGGGUUUGGAUUUUACGAGCCUUAUUGGCUCAUUGAUUUUGCUAAUGCAUGCGUUUUCCUUCACUUAAUUGGAGGAUAUCAGAUAUUUAGUCAGACGUUAUACGCGAUAGUGGAAAGAUGGUAUGCUGAAAAGUACGCUGGAAGUGAAUUCAUGAGUGAUUUUGAGAUUUUAGAGAUUAGGUUGAAUCCUGUUCGGCUAUGUUUUAGAACAUCAUAUGUGGUGUUAACGACAAGCAUAGCAAUGGUAUUCCCUUAUUUCAAUGAAGUGGUGGCGUUUGCAGGAUCAGUCACCUUCUGGCCAUUGGUUGUUUACUUCCCUAUUGAGAUGUAUUUUUUGCAGAAAAAGAUUGUAUCUUGGACAUGCAAGUGGGUUCUUCUUCGUAUCUUCACCAUUGUUUGCUUGUUUGUAUCGAUAUUUGCUUUGAUUGGUUCUAUUCAAGGACUAAUUGCCAAAAGAUUUGGAUAAAACACCCCACGCUAUGUACUCUUAACUACUAUUUGCAACUUAUCAUAUAGACCUUAUUAUGCUUUGUACAUAUAAAUAAAUUUUAGUUAUACUAUUUAAUAAUAGUUUUGAAAUUGACAUAUAAUAAUAGA